AUGGAUCCGGUGGCCAACAGCUGCGUGAGGAAUCCCCAGCCCCCAGCCCCACUCUGGGGCUGCCUUCGAAACCCCCACUCGGAAGGUAGCAGCGCCUCGGGGCUGUCCCAUUAUCCACCAACCCCGUUUUCCUUCCACCAAAAAUCAGAUUUCCCAGCAACGGCAGCGUACCCCGACUUCUCUGCUUCCUGCCUGGCAGCCACGCCACACAGCCUGCCCCGGGCCGAGCGCGUCUUCGAUGAGCAACAUCCUGCCUUUCCACAGACCCCUGACUGGCACUUUCCCAUCUCCGAAACCGGGCAGAGGCUCAACCCAGGCCCAGCCGGGAGCGCCAGAGAGAUGGGGGCCGGCAGCCCAGGCCUGGUAGAUGGAACUGGAGGAUCCAGAGAAGACUACAUGGUACUUGGGAGCAUUGCCAGUGAAACGGAGAAGAAAUCAUCCAGAAGGAAAAAAGAGAGGUCAGACCACCCGGAGAACGGAGGGGGAAAGCCGGAAGGAGGCAGCAAGGCCCGGAAGGAGAGGACGGCCUUCACCAAGGAGCAGCUGCGGGAGCUGGAGGCGGAGUUCGCCCACCAUAACUACCUGACCCGGCUGCGCAGAUACGAGAUCGCGGUCAACCUGGACCUCUCAGAGCGGCAGGUCAAGGUGUGGUUCCAGAACCGGAGAAUGAAGUGGAAACGAGUGAAGGGGGGCCAGCCUGCAUCCCCACACGAGCAGGACCCGGAGGAUGGGGACUCUGCUGCUUCUCCAAGUUCAGAGUGAGAUGUCCCAAAGACCAAGACAGACUGAACCCCCUCUCCUACUCCUCCACCCUCCCCCUCCCCCUCUCCUGGACCCACCCAGGGCAGGCUCUGCACACGUCGUGUUGACUCUCUCAGACGUAAAGUUGCCCGGUACAUGGGAGCCUUGAGUUUCCCAGCAUCACCCAUUUCAGCAGCC